CUGCGUUUAACUUCGUCAGAGUGGAAAGCGUAGAUACACGAAGCCUGUAGAAGACGAUUCGACUUUCCAACCGUUAAAGAUGAGCCUGGGAAAUUUUUCCCUAAAAGCAUUUUAAAGCUUUGAAAAAAGACAGAGAGUGGCGCUGCUUCCCUCCCAAUCUCUCAAAGUCCCGCCAUGGAGGCCACUCUUCUCAGCUCGAAUAGCUUCCAACCACGACCUAUGUCCCCAAUGCCAAAGAAGAUUAAAGGUUCUGAUUUCCAAUCUUAUCGUCCAAUUUUAGAGGGAAACUUUCUUUCUCGUCGAACAGAUUUCUUAGAAUUUAGCAGAAAAAAUUCCAUGUCUAUAAGCAGACCCUUUAUUUCAAGAACGAAUAGGAGAUUCUCCACUGGUUGCUCAAAUCAGUUUCUUGGGGAUUAUAUGAAUGUCGAGGGUACCUCUGCAAAAUCUCCAAGUAUUGAAAUUAGCUCACCCAGCCCAAACGACGGCACAGAUAUUCUCACUUCAAACGACAGUAACAAUAUCGAGACCCCGCUUUCGGGGCCUAAAAUGUUUAGAAAUAGGUUUCUGAAUUUUGUUCGUAUUGGGUCUGUCCUAGAUAAUGCUGCUGAGUCGUUUUUCAAGAGUGAGAUACGCCGGAGGUUGUUUGUGACAGCAGUGUUAAUUGUAAUUAGCCGUGUUGGGUAUUUUAUUCCUCUCCCUGGAUUUGAUAGAAGGUUGAUACCUCAAGAUUAUCUCAGCUUUGCCUCUGGGUCCGUUGAUGAACUUGGCGAUUUCGGAUCGGAGCUCAAACUUUCCCUUUUCCAACUUGGUAUCAGUCCUCAGAUAAUAGCAUCAAUCAUCAUGCAGGUGCUUUGUCAUGUUGUUCCCUCAUUAGUAAAGCUGCGGAAAGAAGGCUUAGAUGGACACGAGAAGAUUAAAAGUUAUAUAUGGUGGCUGUCACUUGGCUUUGCAAUAUUGGAGGCUCUCAUAGUUUCUUGUUAUUCACUUCCAUAUUCAAUCUAUGUGGCUGGUCACAGAGUCAAGCAUGUGAUUUUGACUAGUCUUUUACUGGUCUGUGGUGCGAUGACAAUUACGUGGAUCUGUGACACCAUCUCAGAAUCUGGAUUCGGUCAAGGUUCGUCUCUAAUUAUAUGUGUGGGUAUAUUGACGGGCUACACAGAAACGUUAUACAAUAUGUUGUCUCGACUCUCAGGCAUUGCUAUGAGUUGGUUUCCCUAUCUACUUGCUGUUUUAGGUGUUUUCACUAUAGUCACUAUGUGGGCUGUUGUGGUAACUGAAGGUUGCAGGAAAAUAAAACUGCAGUACUAUGGUUUUAAACUGGCUUCUGCUUCAAGAGAUGAUUCCCCAAUUACUGAGGUCGAACCCUAUAUCCCAUUUAAUAUUAAUCCAGCUGGAAUGCAGCCUGUUCUCACAACUACUUAUCUCUUGGCAUUUCCAAGCAUUCUUGCAAGUAUUCUUGGUUCACCUUUCUGGGAGCACGUUAAGGAGAUAUUGAAUCCUGAAACGUCUAUUGGUGCUGAACCUUGGGUGUACUAUUUGAUAUAUGCAUUCUUUGUCUUUUUGUUCAAUAUAUUUGACAUCGCCAACUUGCCAAAGGAAAUAGCUGAUUACUUAAAUAAGAUGGGUGCCAGGAUACCAAACAUCAAACCUGGGAAGGCUACCAUUGAAUACCUCACUAAGAUUCAGGCAUCGACUCGUUUCUGGGGAGGUCUAUUGUUAAGUAUCCUGGCAACAACAUCUACCAUACUUGAUCAUUAUUUACGCCGUAUCAAUGCAGGAUUUGCAAUUGGGUUUACGUCAGUCUUGAUCAUUGUGGGCUCAAUUAUUGAACUCAGAAGAUCAUAUCAAGCAUAUAAUGUAAUGCCAAGUUUAAGCAAAGCGCUAAGGCGGUAUGGUGCAUAACUUCUGAAGAGGUGUUGCUCCUCAUGAGAGUUGUGCUUUGACUAUGAACUUUAAAGAAGUUUUGCCUCUUGUAAUAUUAGCAUGUUACAACAAGUCUAUCUUUCCAUUCCUCCCUGCCAGUGCAAGGAUUAUCUGAAUGAUGACUGUUAAUUGGCGACAAAUGUUGAUGAAAAUACUUCCUCCAGAGGAAAGGCUCAUGGCGUCCCACAACGAUUUUUGGAUUGCUGAGGUCUACUAGAGCAGCCACUGCUGCUAAUAUGAAAGUAUAUUAGUUGGGCAGUAGCGCUGUCGAAAGCCUCAUCUGGGACAUGGUGUCUGGGGUGGUUGUGGCUUGGGGGAGGGGGAGGUUGGGGUUCAGUGUAGUUGUGAACCAGCACUGCUGCUCUGGAGCUUUACCAUUUUUUUGUUUUUUUUUAAUUUCUUGGUAAUUAGGAGUUUUGCCAUUAAGCCUCUAUAUUGUGAUCCAUGUAAAUGCAAAAUUGUAGUGCGAAAUCAAAUGUAUGAUAGGAUAGGAUAGGAUGAAUGGGAUAGACAGCAAAAUUCUUAGUUUUUGGUACCCUUUUUGCCACUAAAAAUGUGCCCUAUUUUCUACUAGAGGACUAUAUACCAAGUUUGUCAUGUGAUAAUUACAUGUUUCGUUGUGGCAAAUUUAAUCCAGAAACAAAAAUAGAAAUGUGAAAUCUUCUGGUUGGUCUACAAAA